AUGGAGACUAUAAUCCGAGGCGUAAAAGGUGCUGAUGCCCAAAAAGUGUGCAUUUGCAGCACGGCGAAGGAGAUGUGGGACACAUUGACUGCGGAGAAAUCCCAGCGAGACUUCUCGUAUGCAGUGCAUUUGAAGCGUGAGCUGUACACUCACUCGUACGCCCCGGGCCAAAAGAUGGCGGAAUACAUCCAAGAGAUGAACAUGUUGCGGCAGCGUUUGCAGCACAUGGGGCCCAGCUUCGUGAUAGACGAUACGUCGAUGUCUCAGUUGAUGCUGAUGGGAGUGUGUGCAGUGCAUCGCGAGAUAGUGACCCACAAAGUGAAAAACGCACUGCUUUCGCGCGAUUAA